AUGAACGCUACUUUCUGUGGUGCAAGUGCCCUCAGUGAUCAUACGGGCAUGAACGCCUCCGUGUCCAACUCGACGGCCGAUCUGCCGCGGGUGUGCCUGGCCCUGCUGCCGCCGGACACCCCGUACAGCCCGAUCGUGACGACCCUCCUGGUCGCCCUGAUGUCGCCCGUGAUCUGCAUCAUCGUGGUGGGAAACAGCCUGGUGAUCUACGCCUGCCUGACGGACAGCAAGCUGCGGCGCCCCCACCACUGGUUCCUGGUCUCCCUGGCAGUCAGCGACCUCACCGUCGGGCUGCUCGUCAUGCCGUUCGCACUCGUCAACGAGUAUCUUGGACAGGGCAAGCUGAACUACGCCCGUCUGCAGAGCUCCACGCGGGUUGGCGGCCUGAUCGUGGCCGUGCUGAACUACGCCCGUCUGCAGAGCUCCACGCGUGUCGGCGGCCUGAUUCUGGCGGUGUGGGUGUUGGCGCUGACGGUCUGCCUGCCGCCUCUCAUGGGCUGGGGGAAGGAGCACGGCGUGGGGGACGGCAUGUGCGGGCUCAGCUCCUUCUUCCCGUACGUGGUCCUGUCAAGCACGCUGUCGUUCUUCAUCCCGUUGGUUGUCAUGGCGACGCUUUACGCCAUGAUCCUGAACUCUCACCGGUCGCGGAACAACUGGCGCCGGAAGCUGGGGAAGGGCUACUCCUGCUCAACCGUCACCAACAACACCUUCAAGAGCCGCAACCUGUCCGCGGAGGACGGGGAGAUGAGCCCAACCAGGAAGGAGAUGGGCUCCCCCAUGCGGCAGUGCGCGGCCCAGCGACGGGAGCGCCGCUUCGUCUUCAUCAUCGGCGUGGUGAUGGUGACCUUCACGCUGUGCUGGCUGCCGUUCUUCACGUUCUACCUGCUGUGCGUGCUGUGGUGGCAGUGCUUCCCGCGCUGGCUCUUCGUGCUCUCCGUGUGGCUGGGCUACUGCAACUCCGCCCUCAACCCCUUCAUCUACGCCAUCUGGAACGACACCAUCAGGGAGGCCUUCAAGAAGGCGCUGUGCAGCAAGGCUCCAGGACACGCCACUCCUUAAAGGCUUCCAGUACAGUUUUUAGGGCU